CGGACGACAUAUGAUAUAACUAUAAGCUCGGCAACGUUCAUUCUGUUAAGCGGUACAAAAUAUUUAUUGAAUGUACACUUGAAAAAGAUCUUACGGAGUUCUUAAAUAACAAUGUUAAAACAUUGCACUUGAUUUGCAGGAAAUUGUGUCAUUUUUCAUAUAAAACUAACUAGGUUUUGUAAUUGCAAUAUGAAAAUUAAAGGUUGUGUUUUAUGUUCGCCGGCUAUCAUCGCAACUUGAAAUGUCGUGGAGCCAGAUUAUUCAGUGUAUAACGCAAUUUUGUCUGGCGACCGUUCCUGACAAUGUCGCGUAUUUUGUAAUAUGUAUAUUUAUAGUGUUAGUUACAUACGCGAUUUAUAGAAAUAAAACUAGAGAAAAAGGAACGAAGGUUGACAAAAAAACACAGUUUCGAUUGAACCACCGUCGAGAGAACGAUGACGUGCGGCCUCCGAAAAGGAAAGAAAAUUUAAGCAAUACUGGUCAGACAUUGUACAAAUCGCCCUCCGAACUCCAGCAUGACAAUUUGGAAAACUCCGUUGCUAUUAAAUUAGAUGUUUCCCCGGUAUUACUUGGGGAACCAGAAAAAGAUGUCGUCAAUGUAGAUCGCGUGUUGGACGAUUUCAGGUCCGCGUCCGCACAAAGUGUCACCAAUCGGUCCCUUAAUAGGCAGACCACUUUGACAAAUAGGCACGAGCAUACAGUUACUGCUCAGAAUAAAAAGAAAUCGCAUCGUAAAAUUACAAAAGCUACUGAUAAGACUAAAGAAACUCAAACCAUAAAACCAGCAGCAUCACUUUUGAAUACUUCAAGAGAUGGAACAGAACUUAACGAUGGUGGUUUACAAUUUGUUGAAAGUACAGAACUUUCCAGAGAUGUUGGUACCAGAGCUCGUCCGAAAAGACACGCUUCGCGAGCACAAGAGGUAGUGCGUGCAGUUUCUAAAGGUUGUCAUAAUACGGCCUAUGAGAACAUCUCCAAGCUUAUAGAGCGAGCCCAUGUGGCGGCUGAAAGGGACGAUGCCGUGAAGGCGAAGCAGCUGGUCCUUCAGGCGCUUGUAGGGAUCAAAGAGGAGCAGGACAGACUCUCAAAGGGGCUUGGUCCUGUUGUGAGCAAGCAGCAGUUGGGUGAUUGGUUUAGGAAGUGCUCCAUCAUUUUUAAUAAGAUUGGAGAAUACGUGCAUUCUGCCCGGUAUUUCUAUACAGCUACGGUGUAUGAUUCUACAUGGAACACCGCUAGUCACGCGCAUGUAUCCAAGGCACUAUGGGAGAACAUUGUCUACAAUGUGCCGCCUCCUUUGGUCGUCAUGCGAUACGAGGACAUCAAACGCUUCCUAUAUGAGCUGGACCGCAUUGCGCGGCUCGCGGAGCGCAGAAAACGAUGGCAAGUGUGUAUAAUGAUCGACGCCGACAUCAACCGUGUUCAUGUGUAUUUGAGACACUUUUUGAUGCUCGGGCCAGAGAACAUCCGUGAACAUCCAGGCCGCAGGGAGGCGUUAUGGAGAACCGCUCGUUGCUUUCUGCAGAUUGGCGACCACAUGCAAGUCAAGAAAGUUUGCAGCAUAAUCCUUCAAGAGUGUUGCGACUAUAAUGACGUCGAGGCUUUGGAGAUAUGGUCCCGGGCCUUGGUCAUUUCCAAAGACUUUGGCAUUGCUCAGCAGAAAUGUGUACUUGCACUCAGAUACGCCACGGACUCUGCCGAUAUUGCGCGUCUCAACAAAUUGAAAGGAGAGAUCGAACCUCAGAUACCAGCCACAGUACAAAACGAGAAUCUGGACUCUGAAGCCGAAUGGCUGUGUGAUACGAACGUGACGGCGAACGGACUUGCUGAGAGUAGUGAAGAUAGUCAUCGGCCAGCAACACCUCGUGCUGGUCAACAUGAGACGAAAAAGAAACGACGAAGACCAAAAGCCAAAAACCCUGCUCUUGCUAGCCAGGCAGAUGUUGAUGCAGCAAGAAAAACAAACAUUGAGGCUGAAUUGACAAGAUCUCCGAGACAAAGAAGUUCUUCUGAAUGUCGACCAAGUCAGCGGAAUCUGUCCAAUGGAGACAUAUACAGUCUUUCCCCACGAAAUACAAAGAUUCCGGUCCGAGACCACUCUGUUGAUCGUUUGAUUUACAGCAGAACUCCAAACGGACAUUUAGAAAAUGGCAUAAAUCCUGCAGUUCGGAGACUGCAGCUCAAUGGGUAUGGCGUACGUCAAAGAAUCGAAGGUAAGAGAAGCACAAUAUGCGACCAUUCGUAUAAAGUUGCCAGCGUGUUUGACUCUGAUUCUGAAUAUUCGUCCGACUCCGCUUCGAGCAACAGCAGUACUUACACCACAAAUAAUAUAGAAGACGCGUUGGAAGAAAUUGAAGUACCGGAAGAAGAAGUACAAACCUCAUUUUACGAACAAAGCUGCAGGCAUUACGAGGAUGAUACACAAGAUGAAAGUGAGUACGUAGAUACUGAUGAUAAAAUGUUGAAACAUGGCAUUAAACUUAACAUGUCAUACAUGCACCAAUUUGCUGACAGAAAACCUGAUGUAAUAAACAGGGACAACUUUUAUGAAAUGGCUUUGACACAAGAUCAAAUGCGCAAAAGAAUGCUGCAAAAUCCAAAGAAGAAUUUAAACUGUACGAUACAAGUACAUGGGUCACAUGAAGCGUUUUGUACACCAAUUGAUUCAACACACGGAAUUUCUGUUAUUGAGAUAUCAGGGAGAUCGAAAAUUGGCCAGGUCUUUAAUGAGGACGAAGUUUUGGUAGAAUUGUUAGAUGAAAAAGAAAAACAGGACAAACGCUAUGGCAAAGUGUUAGGUGUUCUUAACAGACAACGUCACAAAGGCAAAGACCAUCCUGUCUUUAUAUGCACGUUAGAUAAUAUGGAAAGCCAUCUUGUCAAACCGAUGUGCAAGACAAUACCGAAGAUCCAUAUAAUCAACAGGAAUAUAAUAAGCAGGUUUGGUCAUAAGAGGAAAAAAUUCAAAGUAGAAGUCUAUGACUACGAUGAGCAAGCGGAAAAGCUGUGUAACCCGAAAAUUUAUGAUGUGAAUACAUCGGGGCAGAAAACAUACAUGUUUUUGGUUGCAAUGAUAUCCUGGAAUCCGAAGUAUGUGUAUCCAUUAGGUGCGAUUGUGAAGAUCAUGAAUUGGGGAAGUAGCAUUCCAAAGGGUUUAACUGUAUUAAAUCUCCAGCAUGAGGUACCGUCAUUGUACAAGAAAGAGACAGUAAAACGUAUGGAGUGUAUCUCUAUUGAUAUGGACCAACGCGGUGGUGAUGAACUAGAUAGUCACAUGCUGCAGGGCCGCACUGAUCUGACAGACCUGAAUACAUUCACAAUAGAUCCAGCUGAGUCAAUGGACCUUGAUGACGCACUGAGCGUAGAAAGCAUUGACGAAGGGUAUCGCGUGGGUGUCCAUAUUGCUGAUGUUUCUGCCUUUGUGCAGCAAGGAGAUCCGAUCGAUGUGGAAGCUUUUGAAAGAUCUAUUACUUUUUAUCCAGGUAUCCGAAAACCACGACACAUGAUACCAGAGCCUCUCAGCUCAAACAUUUGCAGUCUGCUUGCCAACAAGAAGCGUUUGACAUGGACUGUAUUUUUCCUUCUCGACAACCAGGGAAACCCCAUUCAAAUGGAGGGAAACAAUUAUGAUAUAGUCGAGUCUUUCAUCAAAUCAAAGGAAAAACUAUCGUAUGGCCAGGCACAGAACUUUAUCAUGAACAACGGUGAAAAAAGCCAGCUGGCACAGGAUAUUAGAACAAUAUACAAACUAGCAAAGGAAAUCCGACUGAGGCGCCUCGGAAAGGCAAUGUUUGCUUUGACCAACGAUUGGGAAGAAAAUCUAGAAGAAGAAUCACAAUCCCAGACUGCGGAAGCUCAGUAUCUGGUGGAAGAGUUUAUGAUUAUGGCAAACAAGAAAGUUGCAGAAGUACUGUGUAGACGUUUUCAACGAUGCGUGCCCAUUCGUAGACAGCCACCACCUUCAGAGGAUGGACUUCAAGAAUUUGUCCAGAAAAACGGGAUGUACAUAGAUGUCAUGUCUACGUUUCAAGAUAGGGAUGUCUUUGGUCGAACAAGAGGAACAGACAACGUGCUUGCAGACAACAGCGUAGCAGACAAAUCCGUACUUGUUUCCCAGCAACUUUGGACAAAAAUGAAAAAGGAUCCAACUUUUGCAGUGCAGUGCUUACAAAGGGACACUCUGUUUGCCCUUCAGAAUGUAAUUUACCAGCAAUGGCUGAAUAUUCAGGAGCGAUCCGGAUAUCAUUGUGCUGCAAGCGUCACUCCGGAGGAUGGAAAACACUUUUCACUCAACUUGUACCCUUACACUCAUUUCACAUCUCCGAUCCGACGAUACAAUGAUCUUGUUGUACACAGGCUUUUAAGAGCCUAUGUAAGGAAAUCGCCGAAUCCGUACAAAAAGAAUCAAAUUGACAACAUCUGCAUCCACAUUAAUUCAGUAACCAGGCGUUCGAAGCAAUACCAGCGAGGAUGUAAAGCAUUGGAAGAAGCCGUCAAUUUACAAGAAAAUCCAGAAAUGAUGAGCUGUUUCAUAGAUGACAUUACAGAUAAGGGAUUCACGUUGCGUUCUCCCUUUUUGAGAAAUGCCAAGAAAGCAAACACUGCCUUGAACUACAGUCUUCUAGACAUGGGUUUCAGACCAGAGGUCAAAGAGGAUACCAAAACAACUUGGGAUUUGGUGAAGGCGACAUGGAAGAAACGCCUGUAUGAUUUCAAAGGAGAGCCAUUACAAUAUCCUCCUGACCGUGGACACACCCUACAGCUGAAACCACAUAAAAACGCUGUGUUUAUUCCAUUGUAUCACUGGGCAAAGAUGUUGAAAUCAGCUUCAGGGGGCAUGCUUGAAGACCUUCGAAGAAACAUAUCUGCAGCUUCGUCAAACGCAAGCAUCCACUCUACGGGUUUGGAUGAUGUGAACACUGAAUGCCAAGACUUGGAGUUACUUCAGCCGAGUACCAAAUUUACCAUGACAUUUUCUCGAGGGCAAACUGUUCACGUGCAAAUGACUGCAGGUCCGCAGAAAGGUCUGCUCGUCACGAAACCGAUGUUGUACAAAAUGACUAACAACAUCAAUUUCUGCUUGCUUCACGCAGAUGAUCCAGUCCUACAUCUGUUUCAUUAUGUGACAUCAUGUACUUUAGAUCAGUACAAAAGUGUUAAGCAAUAUUUACAACGUUGGGUGCCGCUUAUUCUCAUGGAAGCUGCAAAAGGAAUCGUACGCAGCGAGGAAUCAUAUGUCAUAAACAAUGUACCGAUAAAAUUCACGGAUCGAAAGGGAAAAUUUGUAUUGAGUUUGUAUCAUUCUGGGACAAGAAACAUAGAGCUCUCUGGUACUGAGUCGGACGACGAGAAUGAAUGUCAGAGCGAAGGAAGUGCUCAAUCUUACGAUUGGCUUUGCCUCAAGGCACCCAUUCCUGGAACAGAGAAAAGAGCAGGUGAAUGUAGAUCUGUCAUUGACACUCUUCCAAACCAAUGGGUAGGACAUGCAGAAAUAACAAGUGUCAGGAAAAAGAAAGACACAAAACUGACGGUGCACUUUGACCUGCAUGAGAAGACCAAUUCAAUACCACUGCAAAUGAAAGACGAUCCCAAAACAACAAAGUACAGCGUGGAAAUAUUGAGGAAGUCUGAAGUUGACAGGCGCACUGAAAGCUUCAUAAAGCAACUGCCAUCUGAGAAGUCGCUUGCCACGUGUAUCGCUUUGAACCGGACAAUACCAAAUUUAGAUAGGGACCAUGCACACAUAGUGGGUUUAAUUGAGAGGGAUCUGUAUUUUGCUGCAAGUGACAACCCACAAGAUAGAACUCUUCCUCGAAACAACCCAAAGCAGCAAGAAGCCAUUGACAAAGCACUGUCAUCGAAAUUCACAUUGAUCCAAGGACCACCAGGCACUGGCAAGACGUACACUGGCAUAAAGCUGAUGUAUUUAUUCGACAAAAUCAACAACAUUUUGCAUAAAGAGGGGAAACCUAAAAAGCGAGUUCUAUUCUGUGGACCAUCGAACAAAUCUGUGGACCUUGUUGCUAAAUGGAUGCUGAAAAAGAUGCGCGACUACAAGCCCAAUUUCGUCCGUGUUUACGGUAGAUCGAUUGAGGCCAUUGACUUUCCGAUCCCUGGACGCACCUUCCUGUCAAAGAAAAGCACCAGAACCUUACAUGCUGACCCGGAUCUGAAGUCAGUAGCUCUCCACAACCUCAUUAGAGAAAAGGAAAAUAAAUAUGCAGAGGAAAUCAAAGCAUUGGAUAAGUACUUCGCAAGUACAAACUACGCACCAGACUCUGAGAAGGUUCCAAAGUAUGUCCAUCUGAUCCGUGAGGCAUCCAUCGCCGAAAUUCGAAGUCAUGAUGUCAUACUUUGUACAACGGCUGUUGGGUCAAACCCAAAAGUGCUGGAAGCCGCACAUUUUCACCAGGUAAUUGUUGACGAAGCUGGCAUGUGUCCUGAACCACAGUGCCUUGUGCCGGUUAUCGCCACGAAAGCUGAGCAAGUUGUUCUAAUCGGUGACCACAAGCAGUUGAGACCGAUCAUUAUGUGCCGGGAGGCAGGAGAAUUAGGGUUAGAGACUUCGCUUUUUGAGAGAUAUGCGACCACUGACAGCGCCAAAAACGUACAAUUUACAAUGCUGGAUGAACAAUACCGAAUGCAUCCACAAAUUUGUGAGUUUCCUUCGCAUACUUUCUAUGACAAGAAGCUACAGACUCGUCAUGGUUUAUGGCGCGACAAUCCGCUGAGGAUUUGGCCAGCGGAUCAGUAUGUUUCAUAUCCCCACGUUCUAAUACAUGUUGAGGGAGAGGAGAAAACACUUACAGUUUCAACUGAGGAUGGAAAUGAGCAUUCCAAGAGCAAUGAACUAGAAAUGGAGGAAGUGCUCCGUUUGUACCGCUAUCUCGGAGACCAAUCCGGUUACGAACAGGUGUGCAUCCUGUCCCAAUACAAUGCCCAGUGCUCGGAGAUACGGCGUCGUCUUAUUGAGGAGAAGUUUCAGGAGCAUGCUUUGAACGUUAACACUGUGGUCUCAAGCCAAGGUGGUGAGUGGGACUAUGUAAUCUUCAGCACCGUUCGCUCCCUUCCGGAUUACAUGAUCGAGAAGAACCCUACAUUUGGUUGGUGCAAGCGCAAUCUCGGCUUCAUCACUGACCGGAACCAGGUCAAUGUAGCCCUGACCAGAGCAAGAAAAGGGCUAAUUAUAGUCGGGAACAAGAACCUGUUGGCUUGCGAUGACGUAUGGAAGACACUAGUUGAGCAUUACGAAAGACGGGGAUGUAUUAAAAGCCCAGGUGAGUUCCCGCCAAAAGGCGCCAAGAAGACCAGACAGGAAAUUAUGCGGGAGAGACAAGCAAUCGUAAAGCGAAUGUAUGGAGAUGAAUUGUACAUAUCCGGCAAAGGCAAAACCACCGAUUACGAGGGUUCGUUCGAUGUACCAGAUGAUGAAAGAACGAAUCGUGCAAAUGGGUCGUCAUGGCAACAAGGUGGGCGAAGAGGGAGAGGAGGACGAGGGGAAAAACGGUUAUAGCGAGCUGGGGCUUAAACACGUUGGCUGAUACGUUAUAGGGUUGUCAUUUGAGAAUGGUUUUUUUUAUUGUCUUAUAUUAUGUUUGUCAAAUUUGCACAUUAAUUUAUUAACAUUUAAUUGAAUGCAGUUUUUUUUUCACCGUUAACAUGUGAUAAAGCAGAUAUGUAAUUGCUGUUGUUGCUAAAAUGAUUAUUUCUUUUAAUGGUUUUGUUCGAUCCAAAUAUCGUAAUUAUUACUUUAACUCGUAGUUUCUGAAGAAUUGAUGUUCUGAAAUUAGUAUAAUAGAUGUUGGAUUUUGUAUAAACGUUUUUAUACCCAAAAAUAUUUCAUCAUCAUCAUCAUUGAUUUAAACUAAUUCUUAAAUGUUUACACUUAUAUGAAAAUGUGUUGAUUUUGUGUAGAUAAAGUGUGAUAUUUAACCCUUAGUUAAUAUUUGCGCGCACUAAUUUGUUUUAUAUUUUUAAUUUUGAUUCCAAGACGUUGCCUUUCUCUUGCGAACCGUUUGUGUUUGUGAUUUCACAUGCUAGUUAAAAGUAUUAUUUGCCAAUAUGAUUUUUUUGUGUUAAUGUCAGGUAUAGAUUUUCUUGAAUCAGAAACUACCACAAAGAAUUAAAUGUCAAUAAAACGAAAUUGUAAUUUAUGUAGAUUUUUAUUAAAUAGCCCCAGCAUUAUGUACUUUGUUUGCCAUAUAUCCGUACUUCUGUAUUCAUCGGCGUUUUCUAUUUAUGAUCUCAUGCUUUUCACUGAUUUACAUAGAAUGUUAAGCUGCACAUUUUUUUUAUUUAUAUAUAGUUUCUUUACGAAAAGUAACAUACAUUGAAUUGUUUUUCUUUCGUGGCUGUUUGUGAUUGCAUUAUAUUUAAAAUUUACUAACGUAUGUUCUUUUAGUUGAGACACAAUUUGUUUUUUGUAAGAUUGCAAAUCGUAUGUAUGAAAUGGUUUAGCUUUUUCUUGAAUAUCAAUAGAGAAGAGAUUAACCUUCUUACUUAAUAAGAUUAUAAAUUGCGAAUGGUUUUUGCCUAAAUCGUUAUGCUGUCAAAUUGAGUUGCAGUUACGGUGUUAAUGUGCUAUUUUGCUUUUUUAUAACUAUUCUCUUUCCCUGUUUCUGUGUGAUGGUUUAUGAGAUUAAAGACGAGAUCCCUUGAAAUUAUUUACAUGACUGUUUCUCUGUAUAUCAGUUCUAUGUUCCUUGUUUCUAGUUUUAUUUGUCUUUCAUUGUUAACAUUCUGUGAUAAAGUUUUUGCAUUUUGUUUUCUUUAUUCUGAUCUGAUUUUAUACGUCAUUCAACUGAAUUUUCGUAUCUUAUAUAUUUUGUCCAGACUUUUAUCAUUAAACUCUUUGAAAAUCAG